UUGCGAGGGCUGGGGAGGGCGGGAAAUGCGAGUUGAUAGUCGAUUGCGUUUACUGCCAUCUUCAAUAGCUGGUGUAACUCAAGACGAGAAUCAGAGACCAGAACAUGAGGGCAAUAUCUUCUUUGUAGAAGUGACGUAAAAAUGCUUGAGUCAUUGGUUUACGCGAAGCUAAUAAUUUCGAACUCGUUGCUUUCGUAAGCUUAUUUGAUAUUAUUGAUCAUAUGACGUAUCACAGAGAUAAGUUACAACACAAUAUUGCUAAGCAAAGCCCACAAGAUGUGCAUCUUGUUCUUCUACUUCUGUGACAAACCAAGCCCUGAUGGAUACCGUCUUAUUAUAGCAUCAAAUAGGGAUGAAUUUUAUUUCAGACCAACAGCUGAUGCUAAUUUCUGGGCAAAAAGUCCCAACAUACUUGCAGGAAUGGAUCUGGAGCAAGGAAAGGAAGGUGGAACAUGGCUAGGAAUGACCACUAGUGGAAAAUUUGCAGCUAUUACUAACUACAGACAAGCACCUAAGUUCAUAGAUCCUAAUGCAAUAGGGAGAGGACAUCUGGUGCCAGGCUUUCUUAAAGGAGAUGAUAAUGUUGAAAGAUACCUUGAGUCUGUUAGCAGCCAAUCUGACAAGUACAAUGGAUUUAAUCUCUUGGUGGGAAAUUUACUACAAACUGGUGAGACCAAAGUUGGAUGGUAUUGCAACAUUGAAGAGAAACAAGUCACCUUGUUGAAGCCUGGAAUACAUGUCUUAUCAAAUAAAGUGUUGAAUUGUUCUUGGCCCAAGAUGGCUUAUGGAAGGGAACGAUUUGCUGAAAUAUUAGAGGAAACCUCCACCAAACAAGAACUUGUUGACAAGCUUAUGGGCCUUCUGAAUGCACGGCAAAGACAAUUCAGUUGUGGUGAUGAGAAAAGUUUCUUUGGACCCCAAGAUGAGGGUGGUAACAUGAAGUGGAUCAGUGCAUGCCAAGCAAUUUUUGUCAACUGUAAGGAAGCGAGAUAUGGAACAAGAACAAACACAGUGGUGUUAGUUGAUGGCAGUGGUCAUGCUACUUAUGUAGAGAGGACCAUGGAGGAGGGUGCUACCGACCCUGAUGAAGCCCAGUGGAGACUGAACACACAUGAGUUUGACAUCAUUCAGGAGACUGAGGACUGUUCAGGUCACAACUCACCUGAGAAUCUUGUAAAUAAUGGGAACAAAAAUGGUGAAAGUAAACAAACACAGGAACAGCCAGCUAAAAAACACUUGAAGAGGAAAUUAAAAAAUGGAACCACUUCACCAGUGGAACCAGCUAAGAAAGCUUUUGUUAAAGAAUGAAAUGCUAUAUUUUAAUUGGGAAUGUUUUAGAAUGAUUACACCAAGUUUGCAGUUUUGACACUAUGUUCAAGGGAAAUUAAAAUUGUACAUUGCAGUAUCUCAUAACUUUCUUAUUAGAGCAAGAUUUUAACUAUGAUAAUAAGUGCAGUUUUAAAUCAUAUACUCUGAAAUCAUUCACCGUGUUUUUUUGCCUAAAGUAUAGAAUGAACUUAUGUUUUAAUUUCUUCCCUACACGAAUGUCAUUUCAUCCUGUGUCAGCUCCUCUCUCCCAUGAUUAUCACAUUUCUACGACUUAGUCAAUCAUCAAAUAUACCACAUCAUUUUGUCCCAGAAACGGUGAUAUCUUCCCCCCUCCUCUGGAAAUUUCAGUCUAGCUUCAUAUUUUUGUAAAACGUUUGGCAUUCAGAACACCAACCCCCUUGGAGUGUUCAAAGUGAGGAUACAGUAUACUGUAAAUCCUUGAAUUAGCACCCCCCUCCCCUCCCCUCCCCCCAUUUUGUGGAUGAGU